CUCCGUUUUUAGUUUCUUUAUUUUAAAUUUAACUCUAUCCAUCCCCGUAAAAAUCUUCAACAACAAUUUCUGUCUCUCUACUUCAUUUCUUCCUUUCCAAACAACCUCUUUCUUUAAUCUUAGUUUAGUUCACUUUCAGUUUAGUUUUUUGUUUCCUCGUUAGCAUCGAACUUGAAGAAGAUGUUUACAAGUUGUGCUAUAAAACAACUCGUUAUCUGUUAUCUCUCUAACUUGUCUUCUUCUAUUACUUAACUCGAGCCUGCUUCCGCCAUUAAUCUUUACUCUGCUGAUUCAUGAGACUUCUCUCUCUAGUUAGAUCUGUUGGCAUUUAUUUGACUUUACUCCUGCUUCAAAUUUUGUAUAUUAAUUGAAGCAUGUGCGGUGGUCCAGGGUGAUCAAAAUCUAGCACCUAAGAUAUGAAUAACCUUAGUGUUGAGACUGAAGAUUCUUUUUCCAGUUUACUUGAACUUGCUUCUAACAAUGAUCUUGAAGGUUUUAAGCGAGUAUUAGAGCGGGAUCCUUCUUGUAUUGAUGAGGUUGGGCUAUGGUAUGGCCGCCAAAAAGGUUCAAAACAGAUAGUUCGUGAGCCUAAAACUCCGUUAAUGGUUGCUGCUACCUAUGGUAGUGUAGAAGUUCUUAAGCUUAUACUAAUGUAUUCUAUGGCUGAUGUCAAUCUCACAUGCGGCACGGACAAAAGCACUGCCCUUCAUUGUGCUGCUUCUGGAGGUUCACCUAAUAUGGUUGAUGUUGUUAGACUGCUCUUAGCUGCUGGUGCUGAUCCAUAUUGUGUUGAUGCCAGUGGUCGACGUCCGGUUGAUGUUAUUGCUGUUCCACCAAAGCUGGAGAGCCUGAGAGUCACAGUUGAAGAACUUAUUGGAAGUAGCAGUGCUUCUGGUGUUAGCAGUGAUGUUGAGCGUGAUUUUAUUGUAUCCAUUAGUUCUAAUUCUAGCUCCCCAACUCUCUCUGCAUCAGGAAAGGGUUCACCACCAUCUCCUACUGAGUUAGCAUCUUCUCCAAUGGCCUCAAAGUUUAAUAAUGUGUCUGUCAGUGCUGUGGCUGGAAAGAAAGAAUACCCAAUUGAUCUAUCUCUCCCUGACAUUAAAAACAGCAUAUAUGCAUCUGAUGAGUUUCGGAUGUUCUCCUUCAAGAUCCGUACUUGUUCCCGAGCAUAUUCCCAUGAUUGGACAGAGUGCCCUUUUGUCCACCCAGGGGAGAAUGCUCGGCGAAGAGAUCCUCGUAAGUUUCACUACAGCUGUGUGCCUUGCCCUGAUUUUCGUAAAGGUUCUUGUAGGCGUGGUGAUAUGUGUGAGUAUGCUCAUGGGGUUUUUGAGUGCUGGCUACACCCAGCUCAAUACAGAACUCGGCUCUGCAAAGAUGGCAUGAGUUGCAACAGGCGGGUUUGCUUUUUUGCCCACACAGCUGAAGAACUUCGCCCUUUGUAUGUCUCUUCUGGAUCCGUGGUUCCUUCACCACGCACAUCUUUAAGCAGUCCUGGUGUCAUGGAUAUGGCUGCCACAUUGAGCUUUUUCCCUGCAUCUCCCUCAUCAAUCUCUACCAUGUCACCUAAUCCCUUUACCCAACCCAUGUCUCCUUCAGGGAAUGGCAAUAUCCACUCAUCCAUGGUGUGGCCGCAACCAAAUGUGCCUACACUUGAUCUCUCCGGGAGCAACAUACAAUCAAGUCGCUUGAGGUCUUCCCUUAGUGCCAGAGAUAUCGCUGCUGAUGAUUUUAGCAUGUUGUCAGAGCUUGAUGCCAAACAACAGAUUUUAAAUGAUCCAACUUGUUUUUCACAACCACGAAACAGUUCUGUGUCAUUGAGUUGCACUGUUCAGACUAAAACACUGAAUCCCUUGAAUCUUGAGGAGCUUUUCUCAGUUGAGGUAUCUUCCUCUGCUCGGUAUUCUGAUCAGGCUGUUUUAUCUCCUAGCCACAAGUCAGCUGUUAAUCAACUCCAACAGCAAAGCGUGCUUUCUCCUAUUAAUAAAAAUGCUUUCUCUCCAAAAACUAUAGAGCAUCCGUUAAGGCAGGCUUCAUUUGGAAUUAGAUCUCCUGGUAGAAUGUCACCAAGAAGCGUGGAGCCAUUUUCUCCAAUGGGUUCUCGGCUAGCUAAAUUGUCACAGCUUGAGAAGCAGCAACCUCUACAAAGCCUUAGCUCAAGGGACCUAGGAUCUAACAAUCCCAUCCCCAGUGUUGGUUCUCCUGUAAAUGCAAAUUCUUGGUCUAAAUGGGGAUCUCCAACUGGAAAAGUAGACUGGUCUGUUAAUGGGAAUGAACUGGAACUUUUGCGAAGAUCAUCCUCAUUUGACCUUCGGAAAAACAAUGGUGAGAAACCUGAUUUAACUUGGGUUCAGUCUCUAGUCAAGGAAUCACCACCUGAGCUGAUUAAAGAGAAACCAAUGGUUCCGGCCUCUGACACUGCAUCUUUUGGUGAGGGUUUGAAUUCUAACUCUCCUACUGAAUCGAUUGAUCAUUCGGUUAUCGGGGCAUGGCUUGAGCAAAUGCAACUUGAUCAGCUUGUAGUCUAGUGAAUUAAUUCAUCUUAAUUACUCAAAUUGAUGAUAGGUAAAGCACAUUUUCACAAGGUACAUAUUAUUUUGCUGGGUAUUUUUGGUAGUUAGACAUGGUUGAAGCUCUGGGAAGACACAACAGUAGUAAGUUGGCUCAAAAUGGUGAUGUUCAACAGUUCAAGUGUUGAACGGAAUGAUUGAAAGGUUAAGGCAAAUUAUUCAAUUUUUUAUUUCUACCAUUUUAUUGUUUACAACAGAAAUUAAGGAAGUAAGAAGAAGUCUCUUUCUUCUGAUAUAUCUGCUCUAAGGAUUAUUCUUACUACUAAAUUUUCUCUUCAAAGUGAAAGCUGCUGAUAGAAGACCUUUGUUGUAUGUUUGAAAGCUUCAUUUUUUCAGUUCCUAAAAUACUUUCCUUGGGUAGUUGAUUGACUAAAGAAAUGUGAGGGGGAGGAAGAGAAGCGAACGGUAAUACUUUUUGAGGGUUGCAAUGUAAUUUGGAUGCCAAUAUGUUUACCUUAUUAAUGUUAAACUAAAUUCAAAGCCAUUAUUAAUAUUUGAAUAUCUUGAUUUA